AUGGAGUCGAGGAGGAAGAAGGCGAGGCGCGACAGGGUCGGCGGCGCUCUGCCCGGGAGGGCCGCCAGCGCCUCGCCCGGCGGGAGCGGCGACAGCGGCGGUGGCGGCCCCCCCGGCGUCCCCGUUGGCGGGGGCGGCGGCGCGUUCCCGGGCGGCGGCAGCGGCUCGCUGGGCGGGGGUGGCAGCGCCUCUUCUGGCACGGGCGGCCGCGCCUCGCCUGGCAGAGGCGGCAGCGUCUCCCGGAGGGGCGACAGCGCUUCCUCCGGCGGGGGCGGCUCCGCCUCCCCUGGCCGGGGCGGCUGGCACCCCGCCUCGCCCAGCGGGGGCGCCUCGCCCGUCGGAGCCGCCGCUGCCGGCCUGAGGGCCACCCCGCCGAAGGCCGCCGCCGCCGCCUCCCCCGCCGGCGCCGCGGCUCCGAGCGGCCUCGGUGGCCCAGCGCAGCGCGGUCACGAACGGCCGCCCCUGCUGCCGCCGCCGGCCCCACGGCAGCGCGCGGAGGCCGCCGGCGAGGGCGAGCGGCGGGGCCGGCGGGGCGGCGAGCGGCGAGGCGGGCCAUCGUCGCGCGCGGCGCGCUUUGAGGCCGAGGAGGAGAGCGAGGAGCACGGGGAGGUCCUCGACUUCCCUGCGCACUACAUGGGCGACCUCGUAGGCCAGGACGGCUCGGUGGUCAAAUCCCUCCAGGACGACUCUGGCGCCAGCACCGGCACCGGCACCGGCACCGGCACCGGCACCGGCACCGGCACCGGCACCGGCACCGGCACCGGCACCGGCACCGGCACCGGCACCGGCACCGGCACCGGCACCGGCACCGGCACCGGCACCGGCACCGGCACCGGCACCGGCACCGGCACCGGCACCGGCACCGGCACCGGCACCGGCACCGGCACCGGCACCGGCACCGGCACCGGCCGCGAUGGGAAGGCGUUGGCCAAGGCUCUGAAGCAGCACAUCCGAAAAGCAGAUUGGAUUCGAUACGGCACCCACCCUGGGAGAGACAAUUUCACGCCCAACUGCGUCUCCGAGAUUCUGAAGAAUCCGAAGCUCCUGCUCGCCAUCGAGGGCGCAGCCCCGAACUGGGCCGUCACAGAGACGGCCGCGAACGACUGCUUCGAGAUCAUCGCGAAGAAGCGGCAGGAGGAGUUCGAGUUCGACGACGCUGCCGCCCAGAGCUGGGCGACACAGCAGCUCGAGGCCACGCUGCGGUCGCUGGCGCGACACAUGUGCGACCCUGCGCGCAGGGGGUCCAAGGGCCUCUCCGUGCCGAAGUGGUUGAAGGACCUGCGCCAGGCGCAGGACGCCCUCGGAGAGGCCCCGUGCUCGGCAGCGCCCUCGGGCUCAGGUCGGAGCACCGCGCAGAUCGGGUACGACCCGACCUCGACGCCGCCCGUGGCAUGGAGGCUGCAGGGCUCGAGCACGGUGCCCGAGACGACGACCGACAUCUUCCACGAGAACAUCGACGAGGCCAAAGACCACGAGAUGAUGUCGGCUCGGUUCCACGACGGCACCGUGCACCAGCUGGCCACAUACACGGUGGCCCAGCACAAGGCCGCGCAGUCAGGAGUUGACAAGAUGAAGACGACGAAGUUCAAAGGAUGGCGACAACAGACUGCAGGUGGCGCCGAGGUCAAGGUCGUCGAGAAGUCGCUGUACAAAGUCGGCGACUACAUCACCAAGGGCAUGAUCAUGACGGUGGACGGGUCCCAGAAGUGCCAGCUGGCGUACUGCCACUACGACAGGGAGUUCGCCAAGACGUGGCUCGAGAAGAUGGCCGCCAAGUUCGUGAAGGGGAAGAAGACGAUCGAGCAGAUCAUCGCGCACGCAGGCCGCGAUGAAGCGGCCCGCAGGAUGGUUGACAAGCAGGGGCUCACGGAGCGAGCUCUAGCGGCGAUCGACGAGCUGGCCGCCACUGACGACGAGGGCGCCGAAUCCGAGAUCAGCGGCACAGCGCAGCAUGACGAUGGGCACGUUGGCUUCAUCGACCUCGAGCAGCUGCACCUCACGCCCGACGAGUGGAACGCCAUGACUGAGGAUCAGAAGCUGCGGGCGUGCGGACAGCUCAAGGCGCAGAGCACCUUGGCGGAGGACACCCAGGCGUUGCUCGACCAGCACAAGGAGGUCAUCGCCGACCAGCACCGGGCGUGGGCCGCGCACGAGCUACGUCGGCGGCAAGUUGAUGGGCCAAUUCCAGUCGAGGACAGCCCUGAUGCAGCCGAUCGGCUCGCCCAGAGUGCUGCGCCGCCUCCUGGCUCCAUGUCCGCGAUCGCGGCGGUCGUCAGGCCCUCUGCGAUCUACGACGGGGGCGGCUACUCGAUGGCGCACGAGCUCGAGGUCGACAGGCUGCGCUUGGAGGAUGCGGGCGGUGCGCCAGGCCAGACGGCGGCGCGAUCCUGCGCGUCCGAGCCGCCUGCAGAGCAGCAGAGCCAGCCUUCGCCAUUCUCAUUGCCCCCGUCCGAGCUUCUCGACUUUCGCUUGCGCCCGCGCAGGUCAGAGAAGCUCGAGUGCGCGCCGCCCAAGACUGCUCGCGCCGCUGCUGAGCAACACCUGAAGCGGCUGGUGCAGAUGCGGGGGGAUGGCAGCGGCCAUCAUCCAUGCCACCCUCCCGUCGCUGGCCUCUCCAAGGGCGGCGAACCCAGCCUGGAGUCGGUCGCGGGCAAGCGCGGCGCCAGGGGCGAGGUCGAGGCCAUCAAGGCGGUGGAGGAGAACAACUGCAAGUUCACGAAGAGGUCGGCUCUCGGCCUGAGGUGGGACAGGAAGAUGAAGGACGCCAAGUUCAAGGCCCAGUUCGAGGCGGCCCCCGACGCAGCCAAGUUCAAGGCCGACUGGGUGAAGGAGAUCUACGACGGGGCCGUCAGGAAGCACAGGACCCACACCAAGGAGGUCUCGGAGACGUGGAUGAAUCAAGGGAAGCUCCUCACCUUCCUGAGGAUGUGCUGGGAGGAGGGGGGCCCUACUGGGCACAAGGACCGCCAGAUCGUGAAGGACAUCAUGACGACCUGCGGCAAAUGCAUCGACCUUGGUUGGCCGUUUUGCCAGGUCGAUCCGUGGUCGGGGGCCCAGAAGUACUUGUACUUCGAGCUGCAGUAUAGGGAGGAGUUCAUGGAGAAGUGGAGCGAGACUACAUGCCAGGAGCACGAGAAUAAUGCCGUCGCGGACAGUCAGCCCACCGAGAAGCCCAAGCCGACCCCCAAGAAGAAGGCGCCCGACGAGAGCGCGGCGGCCCUGAGGGACAGCAAGAAGUUGGUCGUCAUGGCGCAGUCGGCGCUGGCAGCUGCGCGAUCCCUCAGGCGGGCGAUCGAGACCUCUGGCGGCUGGGAGUGGGCCAUGACCGACGCAGUCCAGGGGAAGCUGAAGACCAUGAGCGGCAAGCUCGAGAAGGAGAUCAAGGCGGUGGAGAUGGGCCAGAUGUUCAUGAACGGGUUCGACGCGAAGCAGGUGAAGGCCAAGCUGGACUCGAAGACCAUCGCGUCCCAGGCGAGGAUGCUCAAGGACCGCGUGAACUCCCUGAACGAGAAGGUGCAGGGCACGCUGAGCGCGCACGAGAACGUGCACGCCAUGGCCAAGGGCGCCACCAGUGGCAAGAAGAGGAAGGCCAGGCGCGCGAUGGAGGCCCAGCUGCACGCGCAACAGUGGCCUAAGUCGCACACCAGGCACAAAGUCAAACUCGAGGCUGCGCCAGCCGAGCUGGUGAUCCCCGUGGGCAUCUUUAUAGAUGGUGCCCACUACGGCGGGCAUUCGUCGGCUGGCAGGCAGCGUUCUAUUCUCGCGGUGUCCAUGUCUAACCUCAUAACUGGUCGGCGUCAUCCUGGCAUUAUUAUGCGGAAGCAGUUGCAGUGCAAGUGCGGUUGUCACGGCUACUGCACGUGGCAACGAUUGUUCGAAUGUGCGCGGUUUUGUUUAGAUGCUCUCGCACGCGGUCGGCAUCCUGAUUGCGACGUGGACGGCCGCCCCUUCAGCAACCCCGAUAGGUUGAGGCUCGCUGGCCAACCCUUGGGCUUCCGCGCAGCCGUCACUCAGAUCAUGACCGACUGGGAGGCGGCGCGCCUUUACCUCCAUGUGCCCAACUGGAACCACCUCACGGCCCCAUGCCCGUUGUGCGACGCCACUUCGGGCAACGUGCACGAGUGCAGGCACUGGCCCGAGCGCUCUCCAGGGGGCAUGAACAAGGCAAUGCCUGGGCACGGGCCCAGCCAGGAGCUCUUGGCUCCGCACCAAAUGGCAAUCCAGGAGACGUGCUGGACCGCGUGGGCCAUGGAGGCGGACAUGUGGUCCGACGCGGCAGAGCGCAGCCGCCGCCGCGACCAGGCCUGCGCUCCAGAGAGGGACUUGGUUCUCGUGGGUGAGAACAGGAAGGCGAGGGCGCGGGCCCAGACGCAGGCGCACCACCAGCAGGACCGGUCCCUCCGGCAGCCUUACCAGGCGCAGCGCCCAACCCAGACUCCGCAGUUGGCGCUGUCAGACCAGCCCAGGCCCCCGCCCCCGCCCGCGGGCCGACCAGGCCCGGCGCCCGGACACAAGGGAGGCAAGGGCUUCCAGAAGAGCGGCGGCGGCAAGGCAGAGCAAUCGUCCGCGCUGCCGUUUGCACAGGACGAGUGCGAUGACCCACUGCGUCAUCUGGUUGGAGAAUGGAACGCUGCUUCUGUGUGCAGUGAUCCCAGAGAGGUAUUGUUAUCUGCGGAACAGCGGCACAUUCUUGAGAGAAUGGUGCAGGCCCCGCUGGCCUGGCAUGAACAAGUCGAGGCUGCCCUCCACCGCUGGCGGGCCCGCAAGCAAACGGGCGCAGCGCGGCUGCAGGCCUGGCGUUCUUCUCUCCCGACGUGCCAGAUCGGCGUCCUUGGCCGGUUAGACCCAUUCCUCACGGGCAAGAUGUUGGAGGAAAUUGGCCACCCGGACGAGGGGUAUAUCAGUGACCUCGUCGACGGUUUUCCGCUCACAAAGGUUGUUGCUGUCGGCGGCCUCGGCGCCGACCUGCCGGGAGGCCGGUGCAGCCGCGGCAGGCCCGGCUGGCACGGGCCGCGCCCCCUGCCGCAGUUGCAGAGCCAGCGCGCCGAGCUCAACGCCAGGGCUCUCCAGGCGGCGGAAGUCCGGCGGCCGCGGUCGGAAGACGACCGCGCCCUGGCGGCAGCCAUUUGGGCCAAGGUGCAAGAGGACAUCGCUGCGGGCAGAGCCGGCUCGGCGCGAGAGAUCGGAUACGUGGAUCUAAGCACCGUGCUUUUGGUGGAGUCCUUUGGCAUAUGGGAACGAAGAGAGACGGGUGGCUGGAAAGUUCGCGAGAUACACAACUUCAGAAAUAAUAAGGUCAAUGAUUGCACGUGGAUGCCGCAAACAUCUCACUAUGACACUCAUGAUCGCAUGCUCGAGGCGCUCGCAUGCGUCGCGGCAGCUGCCGACGAAACAGAGACGGCACCCGACGUGGUCAUGGGGAAAACGGACUUCUGGUCGGCGUUUAAACCUCUGCCGCCUGCGAGGGACCAUUUGUGGUUGUGUUGGUCGUUGGUCUUCAACCCAGAUCUCGAUCGCUAUCAACUGGUGCCAUUGUUCUCACAUGUUUUCGGGAACCUCGGCGCGGGGGCCGGGUGGUUCCGCGCGGCGCAGGCCGUCGAGAGCAUUGCAGUAUCGUUGUUUCUCUUGCCGGUCCUGUUCUACGUCGACGACGUGUUCUGGGCCGCCACCGGCGUGAUGCUGCCCAACGGGCGGCCCGUCGCCCAGUGGGUUGCAGACGUGUUCAACGAAGUCGUCUGCUCCAUGCUCGGCUGGGAGCUUGAUCCUCGGAGGACAAUCGUCGCGCGCAGCUUCCCCUUGCUCGGCCUCCUGGUCACCGUAGAGGGGGGCGUCGUCGGCUGGAGGAUCCGGCACUCUUCGCAGUGGUUAUUGGACGUGCUGGCGCGCGGCCUGCGCCGGUCUGCCCCGCUGCUCCCGCCGCCGGCGCCCCCGGCCAUUCUCAUGUACUCCGACGCGGAGGGCACUGGGCGCGUCGGAGCCGUGGCGGUGCUGAGCAACAGUGACAUCCGCUUCCUCCGAGGCCGGGUGCCCCGCUGCAUCCGGAAGCAGUUGUUGGGGAGAACCACGAACAUCAUUGCUUUCGAGCUGUUGGCGGCUGUGGCAUCGAUCUGUUCCCUCUGCCCUGCGGAGCUCCGCGGGCGCCGGGUUAUUCACUUCGUGGGCAACGGGGCGGCCCUGGCUUGCAUCAUUAAAGGUUUCUCCACCAAGAAGGACCUUGGUGCUAUUGUCGGGCGAUUGCUGUCUUGGCGGCUGCCGGAGACGGCCCAGCUGGACAUAGCCAGGAAGGACCGCGGGAAGAAGGUGAUGCGUUUGCUGGAGCGCAGCGCCCUGGUGAUGAAGGAUGAGGGUCCCUGCAUCGUGGAUUGCAGGCCGAUCAAGCCGAAGGACGUCAACGGCCUCUUCGGCGCCGAGCCCCCUCACGCCGCGCCGCGGGCGCCUCCAUCUGCGGCGCCGUUCGGCGUGGGGCGGGAGCCUGAGGCUGCCGCGGCAGCACCAGCAGAGCGCGCCAGCGGCCUUUCCGGCGCGGCGCUGGCGGGGGCCCCCAGUCCCUUCGACCAGGAGCCGGAGGGCGGCGGCGGCCUCUUCGGCGUGGAGGCGUCUGCGGCGGCGCCGCCACCGGCGGCAGCUGGGCCAUUCGACGGCGAGCCCGAGGUUGCCACGGCAGCGCCGGCGCACGGCGUCAGCGGUCUGUUCGGCGCAGAGCCAGCCCCCGCACCGCUGCCGGUCGCGGCUCCUGCUGGCCCUUUCGACAGUGAGCCCGAGGCGUCUGCGGCGGCGCCGCCGCUGGCGGCAGCUGGGCCAUUCGACGGCGAGCCCGAGGCUGCCACAGCAGCGCUGGCGCACGGCGUCAGCGGUCUGUUCGGCGCAGAGCCAGCCUCCGCAACGCCGCCGGUCGCGGCUCUUGCUGGCCCUUUCGACAGUGAGCCCGAGGCGUCUGCGGCGGCGCCGCCGCUGGCGGCAGCUGGGCCAUUCGACGGCGAGCCCGAGGCUGCCACAGCAGCGCUGGCGCACGGCGUCAGCGGUCUGUUCGCGGCUUUUGCUGGCCCUUUCGACAGUGAGCCCGAGGCGUCUGCGGCGGCGCCGCCGCUGGCGGCAGCUGGGCCAUUCGACGGCGAGCCCGAGGCUGCCACGGCAGCGCCGGCGCACGACGUCACCGGCCUGUUCGGCGCAGAGCCAGCCCCCGCACCGCCGCCGGUCGCGGCUCCUGCUGGCCCUUUCGACAGUGAGCCCGAGGCGUCUGCGGCGGCGCCGCCGCCGGCGGCAGCUGGGCCAUUCGACGGCGAGCCCGAGGCUGCCACGGCAGCGCCAGCGCACGGCGUCAACGGCCUGUUCGGCGCAGAGCCAGCCCCCGCACCGCCGCCGGUCGCGGCUCCUGCUGGCCCUUUCGACAGUGAGCCCGAGGCGUCUGCGGCGGCGCCGCCGCCGGCGGCAGCUGGGCCAUUCGACGGCGAGCCCGAGGCCACGGGCGAUUUCGGUUGCAGCGACUCGCGGCGACCCCCAGCCAGGGCGGCCACUCGCGCUCUGAUCGCGACUGAGGAGGGCGUCAGCGGCCUGUUCGACGCGGAGCUGGCUCCUUUGCCGGCACCCACAACAGUGGCAGCGGGCCCCUUUGACGGGGAGCUGGAGGGCGUCGCUGGCCUCUUCGGCGCGGAGCAGGCCGCCACGCCCGCGCCUGCCGCGGCAGCUGCCAGCUUUUUCGACGGGGAGCUGGAGGGCGCUGGCGGCUUCUCCAGCGCGCAGCCGCCCCAGACGCCGCCGGCCGCGGCGCCGCCUCGACCAGAGGCGUUUGCCGGGCUGUCGGGAGAGGACGAGGAGGCGCUGCGUGCCAUGAACGCGGAGCUCGAGGC